GCAGCGAUCCCAAGGACCCUGAUUGCUCCUGCCAUGCGGAUGUUUUAAAUAGAGAUCUCGCGGCCUACAAGUCAACAGGUGUCAGCCGGCAAAUGAUCGAGAGUUCCGCGAGAUUCGGCACCAAAUACAAGAUCUACGGCCAUCGAUUGUACCGCGAUGCCAACUGCAUGUUCCCCGCCCGCUGCCAGGGCAUCGAGCACUUCCUCCUACCGCUGGUGGCGACGCUGCCCAACAUGGACCUGGUGAUCAACACCCGGGAUUACCCGCAACUGAAUGCCGCCUGGGGAAACUCCGCCGGUGGCCCGGUUUUCUCAUUCUCUAAGACCCACGAUUACCGCGACAUCAUGUAUCCCGCCUGGACCUUCUGGGCCGGCGGACCGGCCACCAAGCUGCAUCCCCGUGGCAUCGGUCGCUGGGAUCAGAUGCGCGAGAAGCUGGAGAAGCGAGCGGCUGCGAUUCCCUGGUCGCAGAAGAGAAACCUCGGCUUCUUUCGCGGCUCACGCACCUCCGACGAGCGCGACUCUCUGAUCCUGCUCUCCCGCCGCAAUCCGCAGCUGGUGGAGGCGCAGUACACCAAGAAUCAGGGCUGGAAGUCCCCGAAAGAUACACUCGAUGCACCCGCAGCCGAUGAAGUCUCCUUCGAGGAUCACUGCAAGUACAAGUACUUGUUUAAUUUCCGUGGCGUGGCCGCCAGUUUCCGGCUGAAGCACUUGUUCCUCUGCAAAUCGCUCGUCUUCCAUGUGGGCGACGAGUGGCAGGAGUUCUUCUACGACCAACUGAAGCCCUGGGUGCACUAUGUGCCGCUAAAGAGCUACCCCAGUCAGCAGGAAUACGAGCAAAUAUUGGAGUUCUUCAAGAGGAACGAUUCGCUGGGCCAGGAGAUUGCCCAGCGGGGAUACGACUUCAUCUGGCAGCAUCUGCGCAUGAAGGACAUCAAGUGCUACUGGCGCAAGCUGCUCAAGAGCUAUGUGAAGCUGCUCAAUUACGAGGUGCAGCCCGAGGAUCAGCUAAUCUAUAUUGCGCCUACAAAGGAUGAGCUGUAGAAAUUAGGAAUUA